AUGCGGUUAUGUUUCUCUACCGAUCACGUUCGCAACAGCACCAUUACUAAUGAACAGGGACAAGUUAUCUACAAAGUCAUCACGCCAUUCCGCCCAUUCUUCAUGAAGGGGACUAGCACAAUCUGGAAGAUUAUACCAAACACCCCGCCUCUGUACUCCAAGAAGAGAACUGACGAAUUGAACAUCGAGUUGGAAUCUGAUGGGGAAGAUCCUGAAGAUCCCAAUGACCCUGGUGUUCCAACCAUGGCCGAAGAUAUCCAUGUAACGCAGUCCGACGAGGAGGAAGAGGAGGAAGAGAUCAUCUUGGACAUGCAAGAUCGUUUCGAACAGCUCGCGCAGAUCGAAUUCCACAAGUUUCAAACAUCACGCAUUCGAUGGUUCGGGCUCAAUAGACUAGGUCAAGGGGAAGUUUCCACGAAAGAGUUCAUUCCAUCACGUGGCAUUUCGCGCAGAUCGCGUACCUUUACUGGACCUGAUGACCGCGUGUAUCGUUGGCAUCUUGGGAUGAGGGUGUGCAAGCUCUAUCGUGAAAGCGAUCCCGAUAAGCCCGUUGCCCAAUAUCACCGGUACAGUUUGGGUCUCCUCUCUGGGAAACGCCCCCGAUGCGGUUUUCUUGAUAUCAAUCUGCCAAAGCCCAACCAGGGCCAUAGUGACGAACACACCGACACCGAUAACUAUACUGAUCACGAGCUUGAAUCUACCUUGGAAGAUAUCAUCAGCCCUGAGCUUCUGGACACCAUAAUUGUUACAUUCAUAUACGUUGAAAAAUUAAGGCGAGAAAGAGAAAAAGCCUGGAAGAAAGACAUUAGGUGGAAUUACUAG